ACGUGACUAAGCAACCUAAUCUGCCGUUGCGGCCUAAUUGCUCUGAUGUUAUAUUUGUAUUACAAGGAUAUAAAUACCCCAAAAUCUCUGGUUUUUCUUGUAAAUUCUCUAAUAAUAUCUUCCCAUCAUGACUAAAGAUAUUGACCAAUUGUCCAUCAACACCAUCAAAACCUUAGCCGUGGACAGUGUAUCAGCUGCAAAUUCAGGUCAUCCAGGAGCUCCAUUGGCACUUGCCACCCUUGCCCAUGCUAUUUUCCAGAAGACCAAAUUCACUCCAAAUCACCCAAAAUGGCCCAACAGAGACCGGUUUGUAUUAUCCAAUGGACAUGCCUGUGCUUUGUUGUACUCGAUCUUGUUUUUAUAUGGAUUCGAUUACACUCUCGACGAUUUGAAGAACUUUAGGCAAUUGAACUCCAAGACCCCUGGCCACCCGGAAACUCCCCACUGUCCCGGAGUGGAGGUUACCACCGGUCCAUUGGGCCAGGGAAUUGCAAAUGCAGUGGGGAUUGCACUCGCGCAAAAACAAUUUGCAGCCACUUACAACAAACCCGACUACCCUAUUGCCGAUGCCCGGACCUUUUGUAUUGUUGGAGAUGGGUGCUUGAUGGAAGGGAUUUCAUCUGAGGCCUCAUCUCUUGCAGGUCACUUGCAGUUGGGUAACUUGACGGUGUUUUGGGAUUCCAACAAAAUCUCUAUUGACGGGUCUACAGAUUUGGCAUUCACUGAGGAUGUGCCUGAAAGAUAUAGAGCAUAUGGCUGGCACGUAAUUGAUGUGGAUGAAGAGAACCCUAGCUUAUCUACUCUUUCCAAGGCAAUUGAUGAGGCUCUGAAGGUCACCGACAAGCCCACGUUUGUGAAGAUCAAAACUACCAUUGGAAUUGGUUCUGAGCAAGCUGGCACCGCGGCAGUACACGGAGCUCCAUUGAAACCUGAUGAUGUGAAGCACCUAAAGAAAGCCAUUGGGUUCGACCCCGAACAAAGUUUUGUGGUUCCUCUGGAAGUCACUGACUACUUCAAGAAGUCGGUGGAACUGAAGGAUAAACAAUAUGUAGAAUGGCAGAAGUUGUUCAAAGACUAUAGUCACCACUAUCCUGAAUUGGCAGAAGAAAUCAACAGAAGAGAGGACGGAAGGUUGCCUCCAGAUUGGGAGAGGUUCUUACCCUCAUACAAGCCUUCUGACAAGGCAGCAGCCACCCGGAAGCUUUCAGAGACGGUUUUGGGUGCUCUUACGCCAGUUAUUCCCGAGCUCAUUGGAGGUGCGGCAGACUUGACUCCAUCGACUUUGACCAGGACCCAAAACGCGGUGGACUUUCAGCCUCCGUCAACUGGGUUAGGAGACUACUCUGGACGGUAUAUCAGGUUUGGUGUUCGGGAACAUGCCAUGGGUGCCAUGAUGAACGGAAUAGCAGCUUUUGGAUCCAACUUCAAGGUUUUUGGCGGGACGUUUUUGAACUUUGUGUCUUACGCAGCCGGUGCUGUCAGAUUAUCAGCCAUUUCGCAGCUUCCAAUUAUCUGGGUUGGAACUCAUGAUUCGGUUGGAUUGGGUGAAGAUGGGCCUACCCACCAGCCAAUUGAAACGUUGGCACAUCUUCGGGCUAUUCCAAAUCUCUCUGUGUGGAGACCUGCUGAUGGUAAUGAGGUGUCUGCCGCCUACAAAGCAGCCAUUUCGUCGGUUUCAACUCCUCACGUGUUGGCGUUGACCAGACAAGGGGUUCCACACUUGGAAGGGUCUUCUAUAGAGAAGGCAUCCAAGGGUGGCUACGUUUUGGUGGAGGCACAAGACCCAGAUAUCAUUCUUGUGUCAUCUGGAUCAGAAGUUUCGAUUGCGGUUGAGGCUGCAAAAUUAUUGGGUAAAAACGGAACAAGAGCCCGAGUUGUAUCGAUGCCAUCCUUCUUUGCUUUUGACCAACAAUCUGAAAAGUAUCGUUUCUCAGUGUUGCCUGACGGUGUUCCAAUUUUGUCGAUUGAGGUGAUGUCGCCAUUUGGCUGGUCCAACUACUCUCAUGUCCAGUUUGGGGUGAGCAGGUUUGGAUUCUCAGCAAAAUACACCGACAUCUACGACUACUUGGAAUUCACUCCAGAAGGAAUUAGCUCAAGAGCCAACAAAACCAUUGACUUUUACAAGGGGUCUAAGUUGUUGAGUCCAUUGAGCAAGCCUUUCUACCCCCAAUCGUUUGACUUGUUCACCCACGGAAGAUAA